ACACACCAACCUAGAGAGCCAUCAUCAAUUCAUUAAGCAGCUUCACCAAUUACUUGUUUGUUUCCUCCAACUCCAAUGGCGUCUGCUGCUAAGUUCUUUUGCCUGGCCCUACUUUUGGCCGUGUCGCUGCUUGCAUCUUCCGGCAACGCACAACUUUCUGCCAACUUUUACGCCACUUCGUGCCCGAACCUCCUCACAAUCGUCCGCAACCAAAUGACUCAAGCUGUCAACAAUGAACUCCGGGUGGCCGCUGUCAUGCUUCGCCUUUUCUUCCAUGAUUGCUUCGUCAACGGAUGCGACGCGUCCGUACUUCUGGACGACACGGCCACCUUCACCGGCGAGAAGAAUGCGGCGCCGAACCAGAAUUCUCUCCGAGGUUUCGUCGUCAUGGACAACAUUAAGACCAGGGUCGAGGCCGCUUGUAACGCCACCGUUUCUUGUGCUGACAUCCUUGCUCUCGCCGCCAGAGAUGGAGUCGUCUUGCGAGGCGGGCAAUCAUGGACGGUCCCACUUGGCCGCCGCGACGCUCGAACCGCCAGCCAGGCCGCCGCCAACAACCAGCUCCCGGCACCCGGAUCCAGCCUGGCAACGCUGGUGAACGUGUUCUCCAACAAAGGCUUCACCGCAAGCGAACUGACCGUCCUCUCCGGGGCCCACACGAUCGGGCAGGCACGGUGCACCAACUUCCGCAGCCGCAUCUACAACGACACCAACAUAGCCGCCGCCUUCGCCACCACCCGGAGGGCCAACUGCCCCGCCACCGGCGGCGACGCCAACCUCGCCCCGCUCGACAGCACCCCGAACCGCUUCGACAACACUUACUACAGCGACCUGGUGGCCAGGCGCGGGCUGCUCCGCUCCGACCAGGAGCUGUUCAACGGUGGGUCCCAGGACGCCGCCGUCAGGGCUUAUAGCAACGACUCUGCUUCUUUCCUCAGGGAUUUCGCCGCCGCUAUGGUCAAGAUGGGGAACCUCAGCCCUCUCACCGGGACCAGUGGAGAAGUCAGGAGGAACUGCAGGAGGAUUAACUAACUAAUAAUUACAUGCUAAUUUAAAGCUGAUCAUCAUCAAGACUAUAUGUGGCCCAAAAAAAACAAAAAAGAAAAGAUGAUCAUCAGGAAGUAUGUCACUAUUUCAUCUCGGCAAUUUGUGUUGUUGUGUGUGUUUUUUUUUUUUUUUUACAGGGAGCAAUUUGUGUUGUUGUGUUUCAUUUGUGCCCGAGUGUGUUUUUGUUUUUCCUGAUAUUUUUCAAUUUGUGCGAAGUUUAUUAAGCUUGGAUUUUUUCGGGGGCCAUUUAAUUUGAACAGAUUUCCAAAGCAGUACAAUCAUAAAUUUUGUGCGAUUUUUCGGAAGGUCAUUUUUCUUGCAUUUUGAAGGCUAAAGAUCACGGAUUCGGUCUUAGGCUAUUCUCCACCGAUGAUAAUGUCUAUUGGUCGCCGAUUUGGGCGGAAAAUUUUCUGAAGGCAUUUUUCCUAUUUUUUGCCAAAUUUUUCGAAUAGCCAUUUUUACAAUCACAUAUUUCAAGAGACUUUAUCAAAAGAUCAUUUUUCUUGGAUUUUGAAGGCAACAGAUCACAUAUUCGUCCUGAGGCUAUUAUUCAUCAAUGAUGAAGUCUAUUAAUCGACGAUGUGCGUGCAUUUAUUCAACGGGUAUUUUCAUAAAUAUUUUAGCAUUUUUUUUUUUGAAAGACCAUUUUUCUAGAAUUUUGAAGUCAACAGAUCACGUAUUCGCUCUUGAGGUUAUUCUUCAUCGAUGAUUAUGUAUAUUAAGCUCUGGUUUGGACAGAUUUAUUCAGUUUAAUUUUGGCAGAUUGCGAAUGGGUACCGCCAAAAUGUAGAACAAACAAAAGAUUUUAUGCUAAAUUCAUGAUGACAAUGGAUUUGACUCAAACCCAUACAUCAAAUCCAUAAAGCAAACGAACCAUAAAAUUUGGAGUUAAUUCUAAAAUAUAUUGGUGUAUCAAUAAAUACAGUGAUAUUAUCUCUUCCGAUCUUUUAUGUAACACCCUCUACAAGUUGGAUUGUUAUCUAAAAAGGCCAUUUAAUUUUGGCAUGGCAUGUAUAAGUCCGAAAUUUCCUUCCACAUUAAGAAAACUGACCAGUGUUCAGAACUUCCAAGAAGUAACCGAUUUAAUUGUCAUACCCUUCCACCCAACGAUCAAGCUCUUCCCAUCCAUCCCAACCGUACAAGGACUCCAACUCAGCAAUUGUUUUGCCACUAACUCUGCCUGAUAACGACGAGCUCAACUCAGCCUCCACCAUUCCAGACCGUCGAAAAUAUGUCCUUCGGACGUCCACUUUCUUGUUUCGAAAGGCAUUUUCAUUUGAUUUUGAAUGCUACAAAACACGGAUUUGGCCUGCGGCUUUUCUCAACCGAUGCUAAAGCCUAAUAGUUACCGAUUUGCGCCAAAAAAAAUUUGAAGGGCAUUUUUGUACUUUUUGGCAAUUUUGUCCAAAAGCCAUUUUAGUUGGAUUUUUUUUUUUUAUAAUGGUGAGAAAUUGAAAGAAAAAGCAACAGAGUAUGGUUACACAAGAGCAUAGAUAAAAACGAAAGGGAAUAACAGGUUGCGCACCAGUGCAUACCUCCAAGAAAUGAUGAAUGGGACAACAUUUGAUAAACUAAACCCAGACAUAAUGGAUAUUAUUUCGAUACAAUGUUACUUAAAUCAUUUAAAAACUCCCUUUCAGGAUUCUUACUACGACUAUCAGUUAGCAAACUUCAUGAUCAUCUCAAAGAAACACACAAAGGGACACAACAUUUAACAGCAUGGCUACCCACUAGUCCAUGUAUGACUCGGUUGGAAUCCAACACUCAAAGUUCCCUUCUAGGACUACAUUUAUUACUGUCCUAACAAGAUAUAGCAGAAGGGAAACUAGAUUGAUUAAAUAAUUGACUUUCGAACAACCAGCAUUCUUACUCUUCCCCAGUAAGUACUACUCAUUCCAAAGUUCUCAUCUAGGAGUAUUGUAAAGGCAUUUACUGAGUAAGGAUGGAGUAGAAGGCAACUAGAAUGAAUGAAGACAAUUUCA